UCUCUCUCUCUCUCUCUGCCGGGUCAGGAUGGAAAGGCUUACACAGGCAGGGGGGGGAACAUGUCAUGAGAGGUGAUGACACAGCCACGGAGACAUAUCCACAUCCUCACUGACUCCCAAGUUCGCUGCUCGCCGCUGCUGCCGUUACCGCGUCCAACAGAGGACAGAGAGAGCCAGAGAUAGCCUCCGUUCCCUGCCCACCCCUCUCUCUCUUCCUCUCUUUUUUCACUUUGUGUGUGGAUGAUGGGAUUUUAAUCAUGUGGAAGACAGCUGAGCAGCUCUUCUGGAUUUCGCUGACGCUGCAUCUGGUCCCGCCUGGCCUCCUGUGAGCAGGAUGGACACACUGGAGUCAGAGCUGACCUGCCCAAUCUGCCUGGAGCUCUUUGAAGAUCCACUACUGCUCCCCUGCGCUCACAGCCUGUGCUUCGGCUGCGCCCAUCGCAUCCUCAUCUCUCACUGCGCCACCAACGAACCUGUUCAGAGCAUCGGCGCCUUCCAGUGCCCCACCUGUCGAUAUGUCAUUUCCCUGAGUCCGGAGCGUGGACUAGAAGGACUUAAGAGAAACGUGACCUUACAGAACAUUAUUGACAGAGUUCAGCGGGCCUCAUCUUCAGCUGGGGUCCCUCUGCCGCUGCCAUUGCCUGCGCCCCAUAGCGGGCCCAACUCUCCCGGCGAGGAAGGGAGCGACCGGCUGGCGCUGGUCCCAGUCAGCACCGCCAUGUCCAGCCCGGUCAUGCCUCCUGAACCGGUCCAGUGCCAGUUCUGCGAGCAGGACCCGCCGCAGGAUGCCGUCAAAACGUGUGUGACGUGCGAGGUGUCAUACUGCGAGGAGUGCCUCAGGGCGACGCACCCGAACAAGAAGCCGUUCACCGGCCACCGGCUCAUCGAGCCCAUGCCGGACUCCCACCUCAGAGGGCUCCAGUGCCUGGAGCACGAGGAGGAGAAGGUGAACAUGUACUGUGUCACAGAUGAUCAGCUGAUCUGCUCACUGUGCAAACUGGUGGGGAGGCACAGAGACCACCAGGUGGCAGCACUGAGCGACCGCUAUGAGAAACUCAGGCAAGCCCUGGACUCCAACCUGACCAAUCUGAUCAAGAGGAACAACGAGCUGGAGUCUCUGAUGGGGAAACUGAUCCAGACUUGUCAACAUGUAGAGGUGAACGCGUCCCGCCAAGAGGGCAAGCUCCUGGAGGAGUGCGAUGUCCUGAUUGACAUUAUUCAGCAGAGGAGGCAGAUCAUCGGCAACAAGAUCAAGGAGGGGAAGGCACAAAGGAUUCGGAAGCUCGCCCAACAGAUCACCAACUGCAAACAGUGCAUCGAGAGGUCCUCCGCCCUCAUCACGCAGGCCGAUCAGACACUUAAGGAAACCGAUCACGCUCGCUUCCUGCAGACCGCCAAGAGCAUCAACGAGAGGGUUUCCAUGGCGACUGCAUCAACCCAAGUGCUGAUUCCUGAGAUACACCUAACGGACACCUUUGACACGGUUGCCCUGGACUUCACCAGAGAGAAGAAGCUACUGGAGAAUCUGGAUUACCUGACAGCUCCGAGCGCUCCGUGCAUAAGGGAAGAGUUGUGCACAGCUUCAUACGACACCAUCUCGGUCCACUGGACGUCUGAUGACGAGUUCACAGUGGUGUCCUAUGAGCUCCAGUACGCCAUCUUCACUGGGCAGUCUAACAUUGCCAGUCUGUGUAACUCAUUGGAGAGCUGGAUGAUUGUUCCCAACAUCAAGCAGAACCACUACACAGUGCAUGGUCUGCAGAGCGGCACAAAGUAUAUCUUUGUUGUCAAGGCCAUUAACCAAGCGGGAAGCAGGAGCAGUGAACCGGGGACUCUGAAGACCAACAGCCAGCCGUUCAAGCUGGACCCCAAAUCUGCCCACAAGAAGCUGAAGGUGUCCCACGAUAACCUGACGGUGGAGCGGGACGAGACCACGUCCAAGAAAGGCCACAGCCAGGAGCGUUUCACCAGCCAGAGCAGCUACGGCGUGGUGGGGAAUGUCUACAUCGACAGCGGUCGUCACUACUGGGAGGCGUUAAUUGGAGGGAGCACAUGGUACGCUGUGGGUAUAGCCUACAAAUCAGCCCCCAAGCACGAGUGGAUCGGCAAGAACUCUGCCUCCUGGGUGCUCUGCCGCUGCAACAACUCCUGGGUGGUUCGCCACAACAGCAAAGAGCUGGCCAUUGAGCCCUCGCCCCACCUGCGACGCGUCGGGGUCUUGCUCGACUACGACGCCGGUUACGUGACCUUCUACGACGCCGUGGGCUCCCAGCACCUGCACACAUUCCACGUCUCCUUCGUCCAGCCCGUGUGUCCCGUGUUCAACGUGUGGAACAAGUGUCUGACGAUUCUCACUGGUCUACCCAUCCCUGACCAUCUAGAGGAGCUGGAGCCCGACAACUGACAACUACAGACAGAUGGGAAUAAAUCAGCAUGAACUGGUCUUGAUUAUGUUAAAGCUGCACUGGGCAAGUUUUGUGAAAUUAUUUGGAUACAAAAACAACAGAGUGUCCCAUCCUUUUUAAUUGAUACAAGUCUGCUGUUUUUACCUAAAUUAAAUUCUCGUCACAUUUGCAUAAGGAGUGAAGUCUCCUAAACAGCAGCUCGGCCCUAAAAAACACUGGACUCAAACGUGUCUGAUAUUAAUACUUGCUACCAUUUGUGCAAAAUGACCUAGUGCAGCUUUUAUAUGCAAAAAAAGAAGAAUAGAUGUCUGGUGUGUUUUCUCAUUGAGCUGUGAUUUUCCGUUGUUUACUUUGAUUUUUAUAGCAGAUAUGGCGCUGGUUCAUGUCAUCUUUGACUCCGAGUGAAACCCUUUUUUCGAGAUGGAUGACAGUAAGCUGGAGUCAAUCCAGAAGAAACUAGGACAAAAGGACAGAUGUGAGCCACACAUUCAUACUCUAAGGCACUUUUGGCCACGAUGGGUGCAUUUGUACCAUGGCAACUGGGAAACAAGCCACAAAUCAAUUUCUAAUUUUCUUCUUUACACCACCUUAUCAGAUAUAGCACUUUGAAAAUCCCUGCAAGUACACACAUUAAUCAAUCAUGGUUGCUGGAAAGAGCAGAAUUAAAGAUGUAUAUUUUGUAAAUUCAUCGCAUACCUCCCCUCAUCUUUCCCACGUUCAUUGAAAAGGAACCAAAGUAGCCAUUGCUGUUUGUUCAGAUGUCUUUACAUAAAUUUUACAUAGUAAAUAAAUGCUGUAUUAUUUUUUAAAACGUAAUAAGAGAGGAUAUAGAAUUAUGCUAAUAUUAAAUGCAGGAUUCCCUUAAAUGUAAACCUUGUUUUUUGUACAUUGCUCAUACUUUAUUCAUGCUUUUGUAGCAUACAAUUUAUUUUGGUGCAAUUAACAUGCAUUAAUAUUGGGAAUGUGCUGUGUUCCGUUUGACUUUUGUGUUGAAUUCACCCUUUUUUGGCAGCCAUUAGGGUUUCAUGCGAUACAUUAUAUGCGAGUUGUGUUACAGUUGUAGCCGCAAGUUAUUAUUGGAGCAAAGGGAUGAAAUGCACAUUAGAGUGUGAUUUUCUCACUUUCCUCUACAACAAGCAUAUGGCUGUUUAGUGGGACAUAUUUGUGCUGGUGUGCCAAUACUUAAUUAAUUUGCUUUUUCGUCUCUUCCCAUUAUCAAAAUACUCAUAUUUACAUGUCAUGUUUACACUGAGGUCUUGUGAACAUCAAAUCUACAUGCAGCACCACUUUCCUGCAGACAUGUUGCACAUUGAUGAUGUCAGCAGGGUGUACAUCACUCUUCACUCAUUGGCUUGCUAUUUAAAAAAAAAAAAAAAAAAAAAAAAAAAAAGGGAAAAACGUCAAGGCCCUUGCAACAAAACCUCUCAAAGGGAUAUCGUCAAUAAUACAUCCUAUAAUUCAAUAUUGUUCUGUAUGUAAUACUGUUUAACAGUGGCAAAAAAGGCGCUCGUCGGUGUAAAUAUAAAGAUUUGGUUGUAUAAUGUUGCGUAGUUUCAAUACCUGGUACACUUCAAAAGUAUGACGACACAUCUAUUCUUUAAUUCUGUUUCCUUGGCAGUUAAUUGAACUGUAUGUUUUCAUAGUAUCCGAUAAAUAUGUAGUGCUCAAUUUAAUGUUUCCAUUUGAACUUUAUGACCAUGGUGGUAUUUGUUCCGUCUCUGUGGACAUUUUUAUGGAAAACAGGAUAUGUGCGCUUACAUCACUGUCGUCUGAUAUAAGUCUAUGAGAAGGUCAAAAAUAAACAUUUGUUCCUUUUCACAUUACAGUGUGCCAUUCUUUAUCCAGAGAGGCGAAACAGCGGUGAGAGAAUAUCAAGAGCUGAUCUCAUAAAAGCAGGAUGGGGUGAAAUGCCAGGAGCCACUUCUGGUGUUCUUUCUGGUGGGGGCUUACAAACAAAAGAUCACAUUUUGAAGAUAUUCAAGCAUUUGCAAAUUCAGUUAAGACUCUGGCAUUUUGGUCUAGUUAGUGGUGUCCCUCAGGGAGACUGCACUCAAUUCAGGUCAGACACUAUGUCAGACAACCGUCAUUUAAAGCCUCUAUAAUCCAUAAUCUUGCAUGAACAAUGGACCACACGACAUGUGAAAGGGGUUGCUCGGUAAUUAUCAGGGAUCGACCCCGAGGUUGGAAAUCAAUGCUGAGUCACAAAACCACUUCCUAUGUGUUCAACAAUGGAUCUGCAGUGGCUAGGUUUAGUUCGGUGGGGUCUAAACGUGACGAGAGAUAUCAGUUUGUUUAUUUUGCUUCCGAUAGCCAGACACCCAUUAACCGCCAACUAAACUCUGCACAAGGCAUCAAAGCACCCACUGGCAUCCUCCAGGAAGAUGCUUAUGUCCCUCUAAGUUCAGACCACAACUUGUUCAGGUCAUUUGACUUGAUGCGUUUCCUGAGGAAGGGGUGGUGGUCGAGUCUGUCAUGUAAACUUCCCGCGGACAUCGGGGGCUCUUCCUGAUUCUUCUUAGACGCCAGGCCUCAGUGGGGGUUUGUCGUUCAACACCUAGCAUUAGCUCAAGCUUUGUGUGUGUUUGCUGGCACGGUUCAGUGGUUUGAGUGGGCAAAAAAAAAAAAAAAAAAAGUUAAGCCAGCGCUCCGCCAAGCAACCAAUAAAAAGACACAAAGGCAAUUUACGGGUCACCAUCUGCAAAUAAUGGAAGUGUGUGUCUGUAAUAUAGAAGAUAUGGUGGGGUUAGUAUGGGCA